GAAGAAAGAGUUCUUCAGUUUGCCCCACCCCUCCUUUCCUUCCUCUCGUGGUAGAAGAAAAGCAUGGACACAACCGGGAAAGUGCUCAAGUGCAAGGCAGCAGUGGCCUGGGAGGCUGGUAAGCCUCUUUCCGUUGAAGAGGUGGAAGUAGCUCCACCUAAAGCCCAUGAAGUUCGAGUGAAGAUUCAUGCUACAGGUGUGUGUCACACUGACGCCUACACUCUGAGUGGGAGUGACCCUGAGGGCUUGUUUCCUGUCAUCCUGGGUCAUGAGGGGGCAGGCACUGUUGAGAGUGUUGGCGAAGGGGUCACCAAAUUCAAACCAGGCGAUACUGUUAUUCCGCUGUAUGUACCCCAAUGUGGAGAGUGCAAGUUCUGUAAAAAUCCUAAAACCAACCUGUGUCAGAAAAUCAGGUAA